GUAGCUGCCCCUAACCCUACAACAACAACAAAUACAAUUCGACCAGACCCCGAGGAGGUGCUGUAUACUUAUACUUAUUAGUCAUCAGGUUGUUAGCCAGCUCUUUGUAUCACUAUUACCAUCAUCACCAAGUGGCGACUUGGUGAUGUAGACCAGUUGUAUUCCACCAGGCACCUUACAACACACUGCAGGCAGAAAAGGACAGGCUUACUGCCAUGUGUUGAAGUUUAAGUUAAGAAAAUGCAUUGAACUCCAACAAUGGCAAAUAUCCGUGGUGGUUCUAGUGGGAGACCAACUCUUGCACCGAGCCGUAGCACUGUUUAUGUAUCAAAUUUGCCAUUUAGCCUCACCAAUACAGAUCUACAUAAAAUUUUUGAGAAGUUUGGAAAACUUGUGAGAGUGACAAUUCUUCGAGAUAAGAAUACUAGAAAGAGCCGUGGCGUUGCAUUCAUGUUGUAUUUGACUCGUGAGGAAGCUCAAGCCUGUGUGAGAGGGACAGAUGGCUGUGAAAUGUUUGGCCGCACUUUGAAGGCAAGCAUUGCAAAGGACAACGGACGUGCUCCAGAAUUUAUAAGAAGACGCGAAUAUCUUGAUAAGUCCAGGUGUUAUGAAUGUGGAGAAGGUGGUCAUUUAAGUUAUUCCUGCCCAAAAAAUCUUCUUGGGGAGAGAGAACCAGUCAAGAAAAAAUCCAAAAAGAGAAAAAAAGAAUUUGAGGAGGACUCGCAAAAGUCUGAGAUAUUAGAAGCUAGUGAUGACGAUGACGCAGGUGACCAAGAGAUAAACUUUGAAGAUGAAUCAUUGAGUGGAGCUAUUAGGUAUCAGCAAGAGCUACGUGAGGCAGAGGCAUUCCAAAGCAGAAUGGCUGCUGGAGAAUUUCUUAAAUGUGAACCGCAAGUUCAUCGAGCAAAGAUAAAACAAUCAAGUUACUUCAGUGAUGAAGAAGAAUUGAGUGACAGUUGAAUUACUGAAUAUUUGCAUUAGAUUACUGUACAGUAUAUAUAAUUUUUUGACAACAAAAGUAUAUAACAUGAGUAUAUACUUAUUUAUUUAUUUUUAUUUAUUUUUAUUUAAAUUUUUAUUUAUGAUGUAGGGCCUUGGAUGUGUUGUAUCAUUAAAUAAGUUAUUAUACAGUAAAUUGGAUUUGUACUGUAUUUAUGUUUGAUAACAUUGUUAAACUCGUAUUUAAAUAUCCACUGCAUAGUAAUACAGGUAGAUUUGGCUCACCUUC